GCAAUGAGUUCUAUCAAGACUCCAGAGGAUGUUAUUGGCUUGUUCGAGUCUCAGGGAGUGACGGUAGUCGCUAGUGCGAUCGAUCCUUUUCUCGAUACGAUCAAGCAGUUGGACAUUGAUGAAGAUACUAUAAAAGAUAAUAUCGAUGCCUAUGCCGUAAACCACAAUCUGAAGGAGUUCGAUGACAAACACAUGACAAAUCUGAUUAUUGAAUUGAAAAGCAGCUCAAAUGUUCAAACAGAAUCACCCGUAAAAUCUCAAAAGCGCCAAGGAGGAAGCAUGCCAGCACCUGUCACUCCAAUAAAAAAGCAGCUCACAUCAAGUCAAGGUGGAUUGGGCGUCUACUCUUCGGGAUCCAUGAUUUCGAUCAGCGACAGUCCUUCUGCACGCUACCGAAAUUCCCCUGCGUUGAAAUGUUUGGUCUUUUUCAUUGCAGAGUCUGGGCGACUCCCAGCAAGAACGACGCUUUCAUCUCUCGCAAGGAUUCGAAUACAGUAAAGACCAGUUUCGACGAAGUGGAUACCACGCUCUGUGACGUGGAUGCCCCCCAAGCCUCCUCCAUCAACAUCGAAAUCGACCCAUCUGUCGGCGAGCAAGACCCCAAAGCGAUGUAUCUCGACGUCCAGGAGCCCAAGGAAGUGCUUCGCGAGAGCCUCAUCACGGCGCGACAGCAGAUGAGCGAGGUUUAUGGGAAGGAAUUCACAGCCAUCAGCUACGUAAUCGAUUCCUCGGUCUGCGUCUGCGGGAGAAUCUACUUCGACGCGCAGUCCACCGCCUCCAUCCGCGAUUCCGACGUGGUGCUCUACGUUUCUCUCGCUCCCUCCGUUAAAACGCAGGACGAAAACGAAUCGCGCGUGUCGCUGCUGCUCGGUUCCAUUCCUUCAUUUACGCUGUUCCCCGGCGCGAUCGUGGGCGUGGAGGGCACAAUGAACAACCGAAUCAUCAGCGUCACCCAUCUCUAUUCCGGAUUCCCGCUGAAUCCGCCGAAAACAUUGCCGGCUUCGCUCGCCUCCGAGACGGUUUCGCUGUGGGUGGCGCGCGGCCCGUUCUCCUGCCGCGACGACGGCGAUUUCGAGCCUCUCAAAACGUUCCUCGCGCUCGCAAAGAAGGAAAAGCCGUCUGUCCUCCUCCUCGUUGCCUUCGCUUUCCUUUCGAUUCUGUCUAGUGCGGACCGUUUCUUCCCGAUUCCGCGUCCUCCGUUCUCGAUCUUUCAUCCGCUCCCUUCGUCGCGUCGCUCUGGAAGGAGCUGCGCAGUGCCGAGAUCCCCGCGGUUCUCGUCCCCGCGGUCGACGACUCGCUCGCGUUCCCCGCGUUUCCGCAGUCUCCUUACGACGACUCGGCAAUUCCGAGCAGUGCGGGCAAUCCGUGCGUGCUGGCGAUGCAAGGCGUGCGGAUCGGCGUGUCGAAUUGCGACGUGCUGA